AUGUUGUUUUCCAAUUUCGCAGUCUAUUUAAGCAUCGCUUUAAUUCCAACUAUUUCUGCUGCCCCUUUAAACAAGAGAGGUGGUAACACUUGUGACUUCCCAUCGAAUAAGGGUUUAGUCUCUGUUACCUCAAAAUCAUCCAAUGGAGGAUGGGCAAUGAGUCCUGAUCAACAAUGUACUGAAGGUAACUAUUGUCCAUAUGCUUGCCCACCUGGUAAGUUGAUGGCUCAAUGGGACAGUUCUGCUACUUCAUACUCAUACCCAGAAUCUCAAAACGGUGGUUUAAAAUGUAACCAAGAUGGUACUGUUUCUAAGCCAUUUUCUAACAAAGAUUACUGUGUUGACGGUAAAGGUACCGUUGAAGUUAACAACAAAGCUUCUGAUAAUGUUGCUUUCUGUCAAACCGUCUUACCAGGUAACGAAGCUAUGUUGAUUCCAACUAACGUGGAUGGAAGUGGAACUCAAACUCUCGCUGUUCCAGGCUCCGACUACUGGGAUGGUACUGCUGCUCAUUAUUACAUCAACCCACCAGGUGUUUCCACCGAUGAUGGUUGUGUCUGGGGUACUAAAGAUAAGUCUCAAGGUAACUGGGCCCCAUAUGUUGCCGGUGCCAACAUGGAUGACUCCGGUAAGACAUAUGUCAAGAUCGGCUGGAACCCUAAGUACAUUGAUGAUUUCAGCAACAAAAAGCCAAACUUCGGUAUCAGAGUCACCUGUGAUGAUGGUGACUGUGAUGGUUUAGAUUGUGAAAUUGAUCCAUCAAAGACAGGUUACAACGGUGUUUCAGGUUCAUCUAGCGGUAAGCAAGAAGGUGCUUCUUACUGUAUCGUUACUGCUAAGAACAAGUCCAAGGCUCAAAUUGAAGUCUUCUCUACUUAG